AUGUUGCAUUGGCAGGGCACGCUGAAGCUGGCAGACUGGCCGCUGCAGAAGGGCUCCGUGGAGCUCCUGAAGCAGAGAUGGGAGUCCACCAAUGCUACCAGACCUGGCCCGACGCUCCACUGCUCGCCAGCCCCACGGUCCCUGGUGCCAGAUAAGAUCAGCUGUAGCAGCGCCAUGGAGAAAGUGCCAGCAGACAGAAUGAGGGCAGAUGUGCUCAAUGAGGAGAGCCUAGGUGGCCCUCAGCAGAUUGAGCACUUCCCCAUCACUGUGGAGCAGCUGCGGACCCACUUCGAGGCCCUGGGUGGCAAGAAGACUUCAGAGAAAACCAAGUUCUGUACUGUGCAUGGUGGCCUGGCAGCAGUGAGGAAACAAUUUGAGAAAGUGCAGAAGACCUCUUCACAAAAGAACUUUGCUCAGAAUCAGCACCAGCACAAACCUAUACAGGAAACAUCAAAUAGCAGCCAGCACACAGUAUCAAGCAGCACCAGAGAAGCUGAGUGCAAUGAAGUGACCUCCAAAGAAAGUCAAAUGGAAGCCUCUCAAAGACAAGAGGUUUCUCAUCGUGAGCAAGUUACUCAUGAGAUAAAAAUGGCUUCUACAUUCACUCAGCACACUGAUGAAACAGUAAUCAAUGCAGCCCAGAAUGAAGAGCUCCCAAAGACUGUAACACAGAUUUUAAAACAGCAGAUUGAAAGGACAGCUCAGGAAAGUGCUGUUCACUCUGACAGAGAGACUGCAACACCUGCAAAAGAAGUAAAGAAACUGCAGAUUCGGCAAAAUGAAACAUGCAGACUCUGUCAACAGAGAGUUUACCCAAUGGAAUGCCUGGUUGCCGACAAGCAGAAUUUUCAUAAAUCAUGUUUCCGAUGUCAUCACUGUGGCAGUCAAUUAAGCUUGGGAAAUUAUGCAUCUCUCCAUGGAAAAAUAUAUUGUAAACCCCAUUUUAAGCAACUUUUCAAAUCAAAAGGAAAUUAUGAUGAAGGUUUUGGACACAAGCAGCAUAAAGAAUUAUGGAAUUCUAAAGAUCAAUGUAGCUCAGUUGGCAAUAUUCAUACUGAAGAAACAAAUUCCAUUAAUAGGAUACCUGUUGAUCUUAAACCUAUUACAGAAAUUGAUCAAGACUUGUACUCAGGUACUGAAGGUACUCAUCCUGAUGUUUUGGAUAAUAAUUUGAAAAAAUCCACAGAAAGAGGUAAAUUAAAGAUGACAUGGCCUCCUUCAACAGAUGAUGCAACACCUAAGAAAACAUUUUCUGUUGAAGAAGUGGCUAAAGUAAAUAAGCCAAAGUGGCCCCCAGAAGGUUUUGCUCAGGAAGAAGCUACAAAUACCUGUAAAGCAACGAGAGAUGAAGCACGCAAUAUGGGAAAAGAUGAGGAAGCCGGGAAUGUGCAAGAUAAGCUGAAUAAAACAGGAGGAUCACAGAAUAGGGAGGAGACUGGAAAGGCUAUUAAUGAAGGUGAUAAUGCGACUGUGCAUAGUGCGGGGAAGGAGCAAGAGGAAAGAAUUAAUGAAAGAGAUGAUUCAGAAGUUGUACAGGUUACUAACAUUGAUGAUGUAACAGUACAAAAAACCCACAAGGAAUUCAGCUUGAAUAACAAUAACAAUAACAAUUAUGACACCUUUUCACAUCUAAACAUUUGUAGGCAGGAAACAACUCUCUCGGCUAUGUCUAACCCAAUGACAGCAUUCAGCCAUGCAAUUUGCACUGUAUUGCAGCAUGCCUUUGCAAAGCUGGAAAAUCAGUCUGGAAAUGAAGAAAUAUUUGAGAUGUAUGAAUCUCAUGAGAGCAAUACUGUAGCUGUUUCAUGGGAUGAACAGAACUCAAAAGAUGAAGAUGCUGUUACCUCUAAUACUCUUACUCAAUUUAAUAAAAAUGCCACUUGUCAGAAGUCUCGUAUUAAUAGCACAUUAGUUUUAAAGGAAGCAACUAAUGCAACAUUUCCUGUUGAUACUGAGUUGUUAUCUGACACUCUGAAAACAUCUUUUCUUAAAAAAGACAACCUGGUUUUAGACUGUGGUCUAAUAGACUUAACUAAAAAUUCCUGUAGCUCAUAUUCAAAAGAACGUGGGAAUUACAAUACAGAACUGAAUGAUAUUAAUGCCCAUCAAGAAA